CCCCUCCCCGGCCCGGGAUGGAGGCCGGAGCCCCCGCGGAGCCGCGUUGCCGCCUGGAGCCAUGGCUGCACUAUGAGCCCGGUCCGGCGGUCCUCUGCGCCCUCGGCUGCGUCCUCGGCCUUCUCUAUGGCUGCGUCGGCCAUCGCUGCUUCAAGGCCAUCAUGUUCACCUCGGGGCUGCUCCUGGGCUCCAGCACCAUCUUCCUGCUGUGCUACAAGGAGCGCGUGUUGGAGACGCGGCUGAGCCUGGAGGUGAGCGCAGGCAUUGCGUUGGCCAUCGGCUCGCUCUGCGGGUUGGUCACCGCUCUGCUGCGCAGCGUCGGGCUCUUCUCCACCGGGCUGCUGCUGGGGCUGCUGCUGGCCACGGCCGUGCUGGCAGCUGCUGCACCGCUGGUGCCACCGCUGAGCCCGUGGGUGCUGGUGGGAGUCCUGCUGGGCCCGGCGUUGCUCUGCGCCCUGCUGGCCCUGCGGUGGCCCAAAGCGCUGACCACGUUGGCCACCGCCGUCCUCGGCGCUGCCGUGGUGGUGGUGUGUGUGGAUUAUUUCGUGGAGGUGUUUGCUUUGCUGCUCCACGUCUCCGAGAGGCUGCGGAUGGCGGCGGUGGGGCAGCUCUGCUGGUACAGCUGGGUCGUGCUGGGGGUUUGGCCGGCGCUCAGCCUGCUUGGUGUCCUGCUGCAGCAACGCAGGAAGCCAAAUGCCAGCAGAACCGAACCCCCCCCAGGUGCAGCCACCGCCACCAGCCUGCCCCAGUGACACACUGCUUGUGAAACACGUUGGCCUUGAGCUAGAUCCAGAGCUUGUGGGACCUGCAUCUGGAGAGUGCAGCCCCCCCAGACCCUGCUGGGACCCCCAGCGAUGGCCAUGGCUCCG